GGUCACGUGACCGCAGCGAGGCUCGGCGAGAGGAAGCGAGAGUGGCGGUGUUUGUGUUGGUGGUGUAAAGGAGGUCUCAUAGUGCUGCUGUUGUUGUUGUUGUUGGGGAUCCCUCUCCUCGCUCGCCUCCCGUCUCCUCGCCGACAGCCACGGGAGACAACAGCGAGGGGACACGCGGAGAGUCAUGGGGCACGCGGCGCGGAUGAUGGAGUUUGUGGUGGCGCUGCUGCUGCUCGUGGCGGUGGAUGUGAGCGGGGCCGCGGCGGCCCCCGAGCUCGCCUCGGCUGUGUGGGACUCCCAGCGCGGCCUCGCCGUGGUGCGAGGCAUCGAUCCGGGGGCCCUGGCCUGGGCCAACUUCACUGACAGAAUCUCCAGCACGGGCUGGUCUCACCUGACUCUUGCCACAAAUGAGAAGUAUGACGACGCCUUACAAGCCUACGCUGCCGGUGUGCUGGAGGCCAACGUGACGAGCAAGUACAUUAAGCUGCAAUGGCAGAACACGAUGGAAGGAUAUUGUGCCAAGGGCCCGCAGGAGUCGGCCUACUGUGGCAGGCUGGAGGGCUUCCUCAAGGACAACCUCGACUGGAUGAAUGCACAGAUCGAAGCAGAGCCAGAGAAUCCACUUUGGCACCAGGUGCGGCUGGCCUUACUGCAGUUCAAGGGCAUCGAGGAUGGCAUGAGUGGGAAUAUCACCCUCCCCACCGGGAGGAUAGACAUCUCUCCCUUUGGAUUCUACUUGGGCCAAAUUGCCACCGAUUUGGGAGAUUUGGAGCAAGUUCUCAACAAGACUGCCGCGACGCAGAAUCCUGCCUCUGGAAUGGAAUAUGAGCGUCGUGGUCCGGUGGGGAAGGGCCACUGCUCCGCCCUGAUCAGGCUACUGCCAGACGGACAGGACUUGCUGACGUCACAUGUGACUUGGGGGGCCUACCAGAGCAUGCUGAGGAUCGUUAAGAAUUACCAACUUGCGUUUCACACUACACCCAAGGGUCAGCAGGUGAUCCCUGGCCACGAGCAAGCCUUCAGCUCCUACCCUGGUGUCACCUUCUCCAUCGAUGAUUUUUACAUCCUAAGCAGUGGACUGGUUGUGCUGGAGACUACUAUUGAAAACAACAACCCUGAGCUGUGGCACCUAGUCCAGCCAAAGGGGCAACUUUUGGAGUGGUUGCGUAACGUGGUGGCCAACCGACUGGCGACGUCUGGCCAACAUUGGGCAGAAACAUUCAGACAGCACAAUAGCGGCACGUACAACAAUGAGUGGAUGGUUGUUGACUACAAGCGUUUUGCUACUGGAUCAUCAAAAUCGAGAAGUGGAAUCUUGACCGUACUUGAACAGAUGCCGGGCCUGGUGGUGUCAUCAGACCUGACGGAUGUCCUUUACAAAGAACAAUACUGGGCUAGCUACAACAUCCCCUACUUCCAGAAGAUCUGGAAUGUGUCUGAUCAGCAGGCCUUGGUGGACAAGUUCGGAGACUGGUUUGACCAUGACCGCUGCCCACGUGCUCAGAUUUUCCGCCGAGAUGUCCACACAGUCACCGACCUUCCCUCCAUGGUGCACCUCAUGAGGUACAACAACUUCAUGAAUGACCCACUGUCGGCGUGCAAGGGCUGUGUGCCGGGACAGAACGCAGAGUUUGCCAUAGCAGCGCGCUGUGACCUGAACCCAGCCAAUGGAACCUAUCCCUGUGACAUGUUGCAACAGCGCAGCCAUGGGGCCACUGACAUGAAGAUCACGAGCAAGGCGAUGGUGCCACGGCUGGAAAUGGUGGCCCAGAGUGGUCCCACAUGGGACCAGCAGCCUCCCUUCCAGUGGAGCAAGUCUCCCUUCCCCAGCCUCUCCCAUGUUGGGCAGCCAGACCUGUGGUCCUUCUUACCUGAGCACAUCAGCUGGCGCAAACACUCAGGCCAAUAAGAGCAUUGUUGCCAGAUUAGAGUAAAUUCUUACUCUGCAGAUUAAAACUAGUUUGUUUAUUUUCAAUUUGGAUUUACGGAAUUCACAAUGUUUGGAUUUUAGGAUUUUGAUUCUGGUUUUUGGGCCAGUGCAAGCAGGUGUGGUCUUAAGGUAUACACAUCUUUAGGGACCAGGCUGGUAGUAUCAUGGUCAGAGCAAAAACAGCCAGGGAUCUUAUAUUCUUUUCUAAUCCAUGUCUGUAAUGAUCGUAAGUGUCUUUGUUAGUAAAAGUUGAGUCAUCUGUAAACCCAUAAACAUGAAGCGAAAGUAAACGAAAACAGUACCAGCAGUGUAACUACGUUGCUGCACGAGUGACGUUUCUUCUGGAGUAUAAAAAGCAGCAGUAACAACAGGGCCAGUGUAGACCACCAGGUGGCAGGCACAGAUCACAACUGACCCUUGUAACUCAGCCAACCAUAUCAAACUUGAAUUCCCUCCCAUUUUCUAUUUAUUUCUCACACUUAUUAUACCAAAAAUAUAAUGACGCAUUCAUAGUCUUCAUCUUCAUUUUGAGGUGUAAGUCAUUGCAGUCUUUUUAUACUUUAUAUCAGUGUUCUUCACUAAUUUUCAGAGGGGGGCCACAUAUUUGAAACCAUUGGGGUAUGACAGAACGAUGAUGAUGGGGGGUGUUUUCACAUGUUGUGUAUUGUCGGGAGGUGCACGUCAGGGGCCGCUAGUCGCCCGCGGGCCUUGCAAUGAAGAAGAACACUGCUUUAGAUAAAGUCAUUGUGAGGAAUCACUGCCCAAACCAGACACAUGCAAGGCAAUCAUUUAUAUACUUUACUGCCUUUGGAGCAGAGAUUAACUGUAGCUUACAUUUUUUUUGUUACAAGACAGCAGUAAAGUGGUGGUAAAUUACAUUCAGCUUUUGCUUCAACACCUCAACAAAACGAUAACUGAAAUUCAUUUGUUCUAUUUCAAUCAUUUUCAAUGAUCUGGCAAAGCUGACAUUGCUAAGAAUCAAACAUUCACUGCUACAAUUUAGCAAGUUUCUCCAACCCUUCCUUAUUUCCAGAUUGAACAUGAGAUUGAAUGUACACAGCUAAUGCAAUAAGAAUGGUACAGCUUGCCUGCCUUUAGAGUCAUGAUUUGAACGCUAAUCUUAAGUCGCUGUUUUACAUGAGCCACACCAAAUUGAAACAUUUACAAGGAAUCAUGUCUGCAUUAACCACAAUACUUGUGGUCAGAAUGCAAACAAAAAACACUGAUAAUAUAUGCAUUGUCUUUGAAACUGAUUGGUCCACACCAGAAACAGCUUUCUUUGGAGCCUAGUCUCAAAAGGUGUUAGACCAGAGGGACGCCAAAAAAGACGCCAAAAACCGUCCUCUGGUCUAACACCUUUUGAGACUCGGCACCAAAGAAAGCUGUCUCUGGUGUGGACCAAUCGGUUUCAAAGACAAAGCAUAUUAUCAGAGUACUGUAUGUUUUUUGUUUGCAUUAUUAUGACCACAAGUAUUGUGGUUAAUGCAGACAUGAUUCCUUGUAAAAGGUUUCAGUUUGGUGUUUUAACAUAGUAACACCUGUUUUGUUGCCAGAAAAAAGGGGAAAACCUAUUCUCAUAGUUUGGUACUGGAAAAGGAGGUCCCAUGACGUAACCUCCUUGUGCCUCAUUAAUACUGCUCCAAAUUGAGAAUAAAAUUUUAAAGCUUACAUUUCACGUUGAAAAGUGUUUUUAAAUUGGUACAUUUACAGAUUUUUGUUGCAAGGUUACAACCUUGACGAUUCGUUUAAGCUUAGCCAAUUUAAUAACUAUUGACAGUGCAUCUUGUAUUUUUUGUAGAAGGCUAAUAUUAUUUACAUAAUGCUGUUAAAUUAGAUGAAACAAAUUAUGCCAAUGGAUAAGUGCCUGAUCUAUCUUGUGGAAUUUUGGUUUUCACCAGGUGUACAUUUUAUGAACAUAUGCCUAUGCAGUGUAAAAGUAUGUUGUAGUUUGCAGCCCUUGGCCAGUCCACUAAUGGAUAAAGGCCUCUGCCUGCUGUGAGGGUUUGAUCAUACUUUACCAUGCUCGUAAUUAUGGGUUUAAUGGGGGGGAGGGCCUAGGACCAGUUCAGAUAUCACUUGCCACUUAUGGUAGCCAUUUCCAGAAUUAAAACUUGGUUAUUGGGUUAAUAAUCCACUGUGAACUACUGUGCCACUGCUCCCACCCGAAGUAUUCAAAUGUACCUCAAUAUAAAGGAGAACUCCGUUUCUCUUUAUAGCCAACAUAUAGUCCACCACAUUGUUAGAUGUCUUACAGGUAAAAGUCUUCACAGUUUCACCCUUGAUUUAAGUUGCUAAAUGUGUGGCUGCGUUAUACAUCCAUAUAGUGGAUGUAAUUCAAGCCCAUAAAUAACUGUCUGAUGCCAUAUAAGUACUAAAAUUGUUCGUGAACAAAAUAAAAGAUGAUACCAAAGGUACAAAUACUUAAUUAAAUGGUCAUUUAAAAUGGACAUGAACCACUUUAACAAGGCAAUGGUCAUAUAUUUGAUACAGUACGUUGACUUUUUGCACUUGCAGUUUUGUUAUUUUUACUUCAAAUGAGAACGAUAGUAAAUUAAAAAUAAUAACAUCUCAUUGAAUGCUUGUGUAUGCCGAUUAAUAAAAGCUGAUUGCCUGCA